GUAUAAAGGCGGCCAAAGACUCACAGCCAACACAGUACGGUUCCCUACUCUCACACACAUCAUCAUGAGGGCUCUGGUUGUUUUGGCAGUGGUGGGCGUGUGCACGGCUGUACCCUUCGUCCAGGACACCCCAGAGGUAGCGGCAGAGAAAGCUCGGUUCUUCCAGGCUUACCAGGCUGCUCAGGCUGCUGCUCAGCCCCAGUACAACGCCAUCCCCCACCAGGCCUACAACACCGGUCAUUACAACCCCUCUCACCACAACCUUGGGCACUACAACCACGCCCCGGCACAGCCCAAGUGGACUGGUCCCGUGGCUGCUACCAUCCCUGCCGGCCUCCCCGGGGCAGGCAACCAGGUGGCUGACACUCCUGAGGUUGCCGCCGCCAGGCAGGCCUUCUUCAGCACCUACCAGAGGCAGGCAGCAGCAGCGGCACCACCAACCCUAUACUAUUGAGCCGUACUGUCAUGAUUAGGUCAAUAAAAAUACAAACAAUAAA